AUGGCAAAUUCACAACGAACAUCUGAACCUAUCAACUAUGUGCAUCAGGAUGAAUUCUGGAAGGCACAUGUGAAAGUGGUGAAGGAUUUGGCUGACGCCUGGCCCAGCAAAUGGGGCUUCCUUACUGAGACCUACAACGAGUAUGAGAAAGAGAGCAUGAAGCUGGUGGAGGCAGGGAAGAAAGUGGAGCUUCCCCAUCAUCUGGCAGCAAGACCUUCGACCCCUCCAGAAAACUAUGUCCAAGUUGGCCCCUCCCCUCCUAUUCCGCAGACAUCUCAGGCUGUGAUCGGGUGGCGUUCGAGUCAAUCACAUCUUCAGCUGGAAAAGCACAACACAGUUCAUCAUGGGAGGCGUAGUUUCAUGAAGGAGCUGGGCUGGCCUUUGGGGUCGUGCAACUGAGCUGAAGCCGUCUUUCUCUGUUGUCUCAGCUAAUCAAUGA